AUGACGGCGGAGAAGGCGCUGCCUCUGGGCAAUGGGAAGGCUGCCGAGGAGGCGCGGGAGCCCGAGGCGCCGGGCGGCGGUGGCAGCGGGGGCGCGGCGCCCGCGCGCGGCCCGCGCGACAAACGCGACAAGGCGGUCCACGAGCGCGGCCACUGGAACAGCAAGGUGGAGUUCGUGCUGAGCGUGGCCGGGGAGAUCAUCGGGCUGGGCAACGUGUGGCGCUUCCCCUACCUGUGCUACAAGAACGGAGGAGGGGCGUUUCUGAUCCCCUACGUGGUGUUUUUUAUUUGCUGUGGAAUACCUGUAUUUUUCCUGGAGACGGCUUUGGGGCAGUUCACAAGUGAAGGUGGCAUCACGUGUUGGAGGAAAGUUUGCCCUUUAUUUGAAGGCAUCGGCUAUGCCACGCAGGUGAUCGAGGCCCAUCUCAACGUGUACUACAUCAUCAUCCUAGCAUGGGCCAUUUUCUACCUGAGCAACUGCUUCACCACUGAGCUCCCCUGGGCCACCUGUGGGCACGAGUGGAACACAGAGAACUGCGUGGAGUUCCAGAAAUUGAAUGUCAGCAACUACAGCCACGUGACCUUGCAGAAUGCCGCCUCGCCAGUCAUGGAGUUUUGGGAGCGCCGGGUCCUGGCCAUCUCCGACGGGAUCGAGCACAUUGGGAACCUCCGCGGGGAGCUGGCCUUGUGUCUCCUGGCAGCCUGGACCAUCUGCUACUUCUGUAUCUGGAAGGGGACCAAGUCCACGGGAAAGGUUGUAUACGUCACGGCGACAUUUCCAUACAUCAUGCUUCUUAUCCUCCUGAUCCGUGGGGUGACGUUGCCAGGAGCCUCCGAAGGCAUCAAGUUCUACCUGUACCCUGAUCUGUCCCGCCUCUCCGACCCACAGGUCUGGGUUGAUGCUGGAACGCAGAUAUUUUUCUCCUAUGCCAUCUGCCUGGGCUGUCUGACUGCUCUGGGAAGUUAUAACAAUUAUAACAACAACUGUUACAGGGACUGCAUCAUGCUCUGUUGCCUGAACAGUGGCACCAGUUUCGUGGCCGGGUUUGCCAUCUUCUCCGUCCUGGGCUUCAUGGCGUACGAGCAGGGCGUGCCCAUUGCUGAGGUGGCAGAGUCAGGCCCCGGCCUGGCCUUCAUUGCGUACCCCAAGGCUGUGACGAUGAUGCCCCUUUCCCCGCUCUGGGCCACGCUAUUCUUCAUGAUGCUCAUCUUCCUGGGUCUGGACAGCCAGUUUGUGUGUGUGGAAAGCCUGGUGACUGCCGUGGUGGACAUGUACCCCAAGGUCUUCCGCAGGGGCUAUCGGCGGGAGCUGCUCAUCCUGGCCCUGUCAAUCACCUCCUAUUUCCUGGGCCUCGUGAUGCUAACAGAGGGUGGCAUGUAUAUCUUCCAGCUCUUUGACUCCUACGCCGCCAGUGGGAUGUGCCUUCUUUUUGUGGCCAUCUUCGAGUGCGUCUGCAUCGGCUGGGUGUACGGAAGCAACCGGUUCUACGACAAUAUCGAAGACAUGAUCGGCUAUCGGCCGCUGUCACUCAUUAAAUGGUGCUGGAAGGUCGUGACGCCAGGGAUCUGUGCGGGGAUCUUCAUCUUCUUCCUCGUCAAGUACAAGCCGCUCAAGUACAACAACGUCUACACCUACCCUGCCUGGGGCUACGGCAUCGGCUGGCUCAUGGCGCUGUCCUCCAUGAUCUGUGUCCCACUCUGGGUCUUCAUCAAGCUGUGGAAGACAGAGGGCUCGCUGCCCGAGAGAUUCAGGAAGUUGAAGGUCCCCAGUGCCGAUCUGAAAAUGCGGGGCAAGCUUGGGGCAGGCCCACGGACGGUGAUGGUUAAUGACUGUGACCCCAAACUCAAGGGCGACGGGACCAUUGCCACCAUCACAGAGAAGGAGACGCACUUCUGAGCGGCCACCAGUCACCUCGGAUUCCUCUCCUAACUUUUUGUUUCUCCCCGUGUGUACAAAGGAAUUCCUGAAACACGUCCUUCACCUAACGAUAGGGGCUUUGCUUGUUUUGCACAAGAUUUAUUAACAAGUUAAUUUUAAGGUGGCCACUGUACACUUUGGUUUAAAGUCACAUUCUCCCCGAGGCUCCGAAUAUUAUGUUAGUAACCUUUGCAAAGACAUAAUAUUGUACAGCGACUAGCAAAA